AUGAUGCACUUUGUACUAGCUCAACAAUUCAGUAAAAUUGUUGUAACUCAAGAAAAAGCAUGGUAUUCAGCACUUUAUGUUGAAGUGGAUUUUAAAUAUAUGUCUCAACUUGAUUAUUGUUAUUUUGUUUUUUUUUCUAGUCGUCUUCAAUCAUCUUCACCAGCUAUAACGGUACACUAUUUAAGUCCACUUGUUCUUCGUAAAGAACUUGAAAAUAUAAUUGAAACACCUGAUCACAAUAAUAGUGAUUUAUAUAAAAUGGAUUUUAAAGAAAAACAUCCAAUAUUAUUUUGGAACUUGAUUUGGUUUUUUCGACGCAUUCAUGUAUCAAGUUAUUUAUUUCAAAUGCUUUUACGUUCAUUAUUAUAUCCAUUAGAUAAUGAAACUAAACGAGAUUUUAAAAAGAAUAAAUGUGUUUUGGGACAAGAACUUAUUAGUGAAAAAACUUCAAUACGUAUACGUUGUAUGUGGGAUAGUGCAAUUAGUCAUAGUGAUAUUGCUGAACCAAUGUAUAAAACAUGGGAACAUGAUGGUUAUGAUGGAUGCCAUACACCAGUUGCCAAUGCACUAAUUACGGACGAACAUAGUACCGUUACUGGAAAAGUAAUACGAUCCAUAGUUGCUUGUAUUGAACAAAAUGAUCUAUACAAUCCAAUUCGAUUAUUUAUUAAAGAAUCAUCAAAGUCAAUACGUCGUCGUAUUCGUCGACGUUCAAUGUACAGAGAAAUUCUAUUUUUAGCUAUUGUUGCACUUGGCCGUGAAAAACUUUCUUAUGAUGCAUUCGAUCGUCAAUAUAAUAAUGUAUUUCAAAAAUUAAAUGACAAACAACGUCAACUUAUCUAUGACUUUGAUAAAUGUCCAUCAUUAGCUGCUGUUAUGUGUCGUCGAUUAUUUUCAUCAUUAGAACUUUAA